AGUUACUAAACAUUGAAAUGGCAGACCAUGAGGCAAGCAAGUCUAUUGAGCGAGAGCAGGCUCCUUCCGACUACGAUAUCUCGGCUCCCAUCACAGCUCAACAUGGCUUACGGCAAGGCCUUACAUCGUAUGGCGAUGCGCACUUCUCAUUGUUCUUGCGGAAAGUCUUCAUCAAAGCUUUGGGAUAUAGCGAAGAUGCAUUGUCGCGACCAAUAAUUGGUGUGGUGAACACAUACUCGAGCUUCAAUCCGUGUCAUGCCAACGUGCCACAGCUCAUAGAGGCUGUAAAACGAGGAGUACAACUUAGUGGAGGUCUCGCUAUAGACUUCCCCACAAUUAGUAUCCACGAAUCGUUCGCAUCGCCAACAAGUAUGUUCCUACGAAACCUCAUGAGUAUGGAUACAGAAGAAAUGAUAAAAGCCCAACCCUGUGAUGCCGUCGUACUCAUUGGUGGUUGUGACAAGACUACGCCAGCUCAACUCAUGGGUGCUAUCUCAGCAAACAAGCCUGUUGCGCACCUUGUUACAGGGCCUAUGAUGCCUGGUAGUCACCGCGGACAACGUAUUGGUGCUUGCACUGAUUGCAGAAACAACUGGGCAGCUUUCAGAGCCGGAACAAUCGAUAUCGAAGACAUUUCGGCCAUAAAUGACGAACUCGCUCCCACUUCAGGGACGUGUGGAGUCAUGGGCACGGCAAGCACAAUGGCUUGCAUUCUUGUUGCGUUGGGCUUGAUGCCUUUUGCUGGCGCUUCAGCACCCGCCGUCUCCUCCGCCCGGUUGCGUAUUGCCGAGCAAACAGGCCACAUCGCUGUGUCACUGGCUACAAGUUCUGCACUCAAGCCAAGGGCAUUGUUGAAUCGCAAUUCCUUCUUGAAUGCUAUCACGGUACUGCAAGCGAUUGGUGGCUCAACAAAUGCUGUGGUGCACUUACUGGCUAUCAUCGGACGUCACCCAGAGGUUGCUGGCACCAUUGAUCUCGAUACAAUCGACGAGAUUGGUCGCAAGACGCCGUUGCUUGUUGAUUUGAAACCCAGUGGUGAGAACUAUAUGACCGAUUUCCACAACUCUGGGGGUAUGCUAGCUCUAUGCCAAGAGCUGAAACCACUACUCCACCUUGAUGCUAUGACAUUCACAGGUCGAACUCUUGGUCAAGAAAUGGUGGCGGCUACAUUCAUUCAGAUACCACGUAACCUGAGUUGUAUCCAGCCAUUCCAUGAACCACUAUAUCCUGCGUCGUCUCUUGUGGUACUAAGAGGCAACUUGGCCCCUCGAGGGGCUGUCAUGAAAGCGAGUGCAUCGAAAGAUAGACGAUUGCUGCAACACUCUGGAAAAGCAGUUGUCUUUGCUAACUCGGCAGACCUGGCUCAAAGAAUUGACGACCCUAACCUGGAUGUGGAUGCUGACAGCGUCCUUGUACUUCAGAGCAUUGGGCCAAAAGGCAACCCUGGCAUGCCGGAGGCUGGUCUGAUACCAAUCCCCAGGAAACUCGCGGCUAAGGGUGUCCAGGAUAUGCUAAGACUUUCAGACGGGAGGAUGAGUGGGACAGCGGGCGGCACGAUUGUACUCCAUAUCUCCCCAGAAUCCGCGCAGCCGGAUUCAGUGCUGGGAAUCAUCCGUGACGGAGACUGGAUAUCGUGCGACGUAGAGAAGCGUGCAUUACAUGUAGAUGUUUCUGAUGAAGAAAUCACUGCACGUAUACGGAACAGGAAAGAGACUGACGACUUCUCCGAUUUAGGUGUGGGCGAGCGAGGCUAUCGUGGCUUGUAUAAACGUUCAGUUCUACAAGCGGAACACGGUGCGGACUUUGACUUUUUGACCGCCGCCGGUCCUACUACAGAGCCAAGCCAUAGCAGGGCAUGAUUGUUAAUUGCCUAUUGCUCAAAGGCAUACGCUAAAUAUAAAUUUUACGCUGGAUAUGUCAUGUUUCUUGGUUAGAAUUGCACGUACGCAAGCUACAAGCGUAGCCACAUUACAAC